GCAGACCAGAGAUAAAAUGGUAAAACUAUAAACUCUAUUCAGGUGUUGGCAACAAGUCCAUAAAAAAAAGCGUCCCUGGUUGCCAUGACAAUUCUCGCGAGAACUGCCUACUGCGGAGGAUAUAAUGCGAAACGGUCUAUAUCCUUUUUAUAACUUUAUGCUUUUUAGAUAACAUAUGUAGUGGAUAUUUGCUCAGAAUAUCAGUUUGUGAGUGUCUUUGCAUUGUAUAUAUUAACAGGCACGUGCAUAAUAAAUACAGUUGCCCUUCUCAAGUGUUGAGGAGAGAAAUGCAGCUUCCGCAUUCGUUAAGUAUCUUCGCGGGUCAAAACGAAAGAGCAUUUUGUAAAGAUGUCAACCAGUGAAUUGUUCCACCUUUUUCGAAUGAACUAUUUUGUAUAAUCUUAUAACAUACACAUUUUUGGAGAAAAAAAAGUGGAAUCACUGUUUAAACUGCUUUUACUUUUGAUGAUAUAUUUCGUGUUAUUGCGGGAGGAAUGCAAGAGCACCAACAGCCACACAGCGACCAUGUCCCUAGUGUCAACGGUUCAUCAAGCUGUAAAGUCCUACAAAGACGAACAAGCUAAACUCAAUGGCAGUAUUCGAGUCUUGAACGAAAUCUUACAGAGCUUGACUUGGCAACCCAAGGCAGGUUCACAAGAGUCAACAUCAGCAGAUGAUGUUGCUGCAGCUUGUUCUUGAUGCAGAUGCAGAUGUCCCACCAGGGGAGAAGGAAGAUAUGGAACUGCUUGAGCGAGCACUGGAAAAAGCUCUUCGAAUCCGCUCUGGCUCAGAGAGUUCUAGAAAGGACUCUAGUGGUAAAAACCUUGCUGGAACUCACAAGAAAACAGACGCAUGCAUGGAUGUACUGCAUUCAUCAACAACAUCCAAAGAAAGUCAAAGAGCCAUGAGAUUAACCUCUAAAUCGGCCAGUCAUGACAGAAAGACAUUGAACCCAAGGCCUUCAGCAAGUUUCAAACCAGGAAAGUCCAAAACCACAAAUAACAGAAAGAUCAUUCAAAGCCAUCCACCCUCUUUGGCUCAGGCUGUGCACCAGACAUCAAGAAAAUUGCAGCAGGCUGUCUUGGCAUCUGCUUCUCCUGAUGAGAUCACAACAUCGCUUACUAAAAACAAGACAGUCAGAAGCAAUAUGCCGAGUGACAAAGCUGCACCUGUAUCCGGGCCUUCUUCAAGUAACAAACUGUCCAUUUUGGAUGCAGAUUGGUCCGGGGCAAGCAUUUUGCUGCAAAAGAAUGGGUUGCCAUCUGAACAAACAACUAAAUGGAAAUCUUUAAGGAGCAAGCAAAACAGAUUGUGGGAAAAAGUAAUUGCCCUACAGAGGAAACCUGUGCCUGGGAGGAGUCACUUCAUGGAGAGAAUGAGAGCUAUGUUUCCCAGGGAUUGGCCAUGUGGUAGUCCAGAUCAGACCAGGACUCUGCUGCACAGACGGAUUCACCAAGGGCUCGACCUCGCACAGCGCUUUCAGGCAGAGGAGCUUUUGGCUAAGCAGGCAUCAGAAAUGGCCACAGACCUGGGUGCUGAGCAAAGCAAGUAUGAUUCCUGUCUGACACUUGAAAGAUUGCAGCUGAUGGUAGCAGAGCUCCAGAUCUUUGCACAUCAAGUGAAAAAAGAGUGGAAAGCAUGGGAUCGAUGGAGGCCAGAUGGAGGUUGUCUUUGCCCCACUGGGGCAAACAUCGUGUGGGGAGACGGGAUAACUUCACCCCUGCCCCCGACUAUAACUUAUAGGGCAGAGGCAGAGCUCCAAGAGCUGGAGAGGCUGCGGAUGAGAGUGGCACUGCUGCAACAAGAGAAUUACCUGGAACAGGUCCUGUUGGACUCUCUGUCCCCUCAGUUUUCAUCUCUAGUACCUGGACCUGGACGUCCCAACCCCAGUGUGCUGAGAGACAUCUAUUCCCUGCUGGGAGAAGGAGGGAAGCGUUUCCCUGCCAUAAUCCUGGACUCUGAGCCUGAAUGACCACUAAGCAUGUCACUGAGUUACCACUUUUUAGGCUAAAUGAAAGGUAUGCAUACACACGACAUUUCUCCACAUACUGCAGUCCAGUGAAGCAACCGAUUAGGACCCAUUUGACAUGGUCAAUUCAACAAAAUAUUAUAUAAACAGAAAACAUACCCCCAUGUCAAAGUGUCCCUGGGAAAUGAAAGUGUAUGAAAGUGCAAAUGUCUGUUUUUCCUUGUCAGUCCUGUUUGGUGACCUUUCUAUGAUGCAUAUAGCCUCCUACUGAGUAUUGAAUUUGACUUGCUCCAGCCUCUUGUGAUCCUAACCGUUAUUCAUGUAUAAUAACUAACGGAUAGCUAAAUGUGUACCUUAUGAAGCGGUAACUCAGAGUUAAAUCAAGAAUGUUAAUAACUUGAAUAAGUUUCCUUUGUAUAUGUCUAUCCUUGGUUUCUAACAUGUUUUAGACUGUUCAAAACUUGAGUUACUAUUUAUGAAUUUUAAAAUUAAUCUGUAUAUUGUCAUAGUUGAUAGGAGCUGGUAGCCACAGAGAUCUGACUGUAUGGGAAUUUGAAAUUCCUGUAGGACCCAAUAAACACUUUGUGGGUUUUUUUCUGUAUAAACUGAUAUGUUCUCUUUUUUUUAUUUGCUCAACUAUGAUAUAUCACAGUUAAUAAAGGAAAAACAAAACAACUGUAGUUACUCAUUGUGCCAACAGGUGGUACUCAAUAAGCAGAAGAAGCCACAGGGCACACAGAGCAAUUUAUAUAAGUUGAGAGUCGGAUCCAAACCAUGACCUAAAAUGACUUCAGGACAAUGUUUUUUUCUAAAGACCAACAAGUAAUGGGUAUUAGUCA